AUGCCAAAAUCAGUAGAGGAAUUAACAAAAGUUUCACAAAUUCCUGCCAGAAGAACAAAAACACCAAACGAAUCAAUUGUUCAAGAUGGAAAGGAGGAAUUCUCUGCUGUUAUUAAUAAUGAUCUUUUUUGUCCGGAACCACUUUCAUCAUUUUCUACUCAACUAUCACCAAUAGUUAUUUCUACUCUAACAAAUCAAAUGGGAAUUGAAAGGCUAACAAAAAUUCAAACAAGAGCACUAUCACCAAUUUUAGGAAAGUCAAACGUAUUGAUGAAAUCAGAAACAGGCAGUGGUAAAACAUUGGCUUAUUUGAUUCCAUUAAUAGAAAUGUUAUAUAGACAAUCCUUGGAGAAAAAGAUAUCACGUGAUGAUGGCACAUUUGCAAUAAUUUUAGCUCCAACAAGAGAACUUUGUGUGCAAGUUGAUAAAGUUCUAAAAAAGAUUACCUCCUCGCUAAAUUUUAUGGUAUGUGGUGGAAUUAUGGGUGGUGAAAAAAGAAAGAGUGAGAAGGAGAGAUUAAGAAAGGGUGUUAAUAUCCUAGUUGCAACACCUGGAAGGUUAGAAGAUCACUUGAGAAGCACUCAAUCAUUCAAAUGUGACAAGGUAAAAUACUUAAUUUUGGAUGAGGCUGAUAUUUUACUUGAUUUUGGAUUUGAAGAAAGAGUUAAGAAUAUUUAUCAAAUGUUAAUUCAGAGAAAGUUACAAAACCCAUUGAUAUCUCAAAAUCAAACUGAAAAGACACUUUCUGAAUCUAUACAAAAAGUUUUAGUGAGCGCUACUCUCCAUUCAAAGAUUCAAACUUUGGCACAACAAAUUGACGUUGUAAAUGCACUUUACAUUGGUCAUGGAAGUGAUGGAGAAUUUAUUGAGAAGGUUUUCAAUUUAAUCACUGACAAAUUGCCUUCAAAUAUAUUUACAAUUCCAGCUCACUUGACUCAAUAUGCUAUUAUUGUACCUCCUCAAUUUAGACUUGUAAUGUUGGCUGGAUUUUUGAGAUCAAAGACCAUGAGUGAAAGUUUAGAGCAAGAACCAGGAAAAAUAAUUGUAUUUUUAUCAUGUUGCGACUCUGUUGAAUUCCACUAUAAUUUCUUUAAAUACUUCCAAUCCAAAUUUAAAUUUAUUAAGGAAGUCCCACUUAUUCACGUUCCAUUAUUUAAAUUGCAUGGAGAUAUUGAACAAAAAGAAAGAACCAAUAUCUUUAAACAAUUUAGUGAUGCAAAAGAAGGUGUUUUAUUUUGUACAGAUGUGGCCGCACGUGGUUUGGAUUUACCAUGUGUAAAAUGGAUUGUUCAAUAUGAUCCACCUGGUAAUCCAAAAGAAUAUUUACAUCGUAUUGGUAGAACUGCUAGAAUGGGUGUUAAAGGACAUGCUGUAAUGUUCCUUCAUCCUCAUGAAGAGCUCUAUAAGAAACUAUUGGAAAAGUACAAGUUAACUAUUCAUGAAAUUAAGGGUGAAACAUGUUUGGAAUCGAUUAUUCUUUCAUUCCGUAGGAAAUCGAUGAGAGAUCCAAUUGAAGCAGCUGCUUGGUUACAAAAUAUUUUUGAACAAGAAUUGGUAAAUAGUGGAAAGGAAAAUACUGAAUUAUAUUCUUUGGCUGUUAAUGCCUACUUCAGUUAUAUCAAAUAUUACAGUACCCACGGAGGUGAUGUCAAGUAUAUUUUCCAUUUGAAUAACUUACAUUUAGGUCAUUUAGCCAAAUCUUUCGCUCUUAAAGAUUCUCCUUCAAAGAUU